AUGAAGUCAUCAUCCACCCUCACGCUUCUCGCUCUUCUCACCAGCGCUCUAGCUGGUGCAACUACAGAGCGUCCAAGUUGCGUUACAACCAAGACGCUUCCCCCCAUCACCAUAUACUCUUGCCCUGGGGACAGUGAGCCAACAAAGACUGUCUUCACACCUGUACAAUCUUCGAACCCUGCCCUCAAACCCGGAGCCCCCGGCUCUUCUGGUGCUCCCAAUGUUCCCGGUGUCCCUGGUGCUCCAGGACAACCCGAUGGUUCUGAAGAACCCAACGCCGGCCAGAACGAUGGCAACAUCCCCAAUCCUCAGCAGCCCAACGCCCCUGAGAGUGCUGGAUCUGCCCCCAGCCCCGGCUCUGAGUCUGGCUCUGGCCCUAACUCUCACCCUGGCCAACCUGUCGGCACUGCCGAGCCCAGCACCACUGGACCUGGCGUUGCGCCCGGCAGCCCCGAGACACCAAGUGUCAUCGCUGUUGCCGGCGCGCCCACCGUUCAGCUCGAUCUUCUCUUAUUCAGCACUGCCGCACUUGCCGCCUUGGCAAUGGUUUGGGUCUAA